AUGUCGGCUCGAGAUACCCAAUAUACUUAUUCUUAUACUACUCCGAAAAAUCACCAAAAACUUCACCAAAACGCCCAGACAUCCCUUCACCACCAAUACACUCAACAACAAAAUCAGUUCACGACUACUCAAGAUAGUUUAUUAGGACAAACAACUUCGGGAACAAAUUCUCAAUACACGUCUCCACAUAACCAUUCAAUUGCACAAAAUAAUUCUGGAAUUCAACCUCGUCGUUUUAAGACUUCUCAACACACUUCAAUUUCUUCACAAACUUCAACUACACCAAAUAGACAAUACACGACUUCUCAACACCCUUCGAUCGCUCCGCCGACUUUAGACCAUCCAAAUUCGCCUUUAAACUCUACACAAUGUUUAUCCUCUCCGAACAAUGUAACUACCAUGACUUCGUUACCUAACUCUUUACCCACACCUCCAACUAUCCCUGUUGGUCUAUCUAGUCCUAGUUCAGGGACUACCACGGUGACGAAUUUUGAAUUACAAGACGUUAUCGCGCAAUUUCAAACACAACCCGAACUUUUGAAACUUAUUCUUACUUCAAAGGUUGAAGAAGAUAAAAGAAGAGCCGAAGAAGCAAAAUUGCGCGUUAGAGAGUUAGAUUUAAUGUUAUCAGAACGUAACAGACAAAGAAAAAGUGCUGAAGAUAUAAAACACAAUGGAAACGAACAAGUUAAUAAUAAUGAUAUGGAUUAUGAUAAUAACGGUAGUCCGACGACAUCACAACUUCAAUUAAACCCACAAGAUUUAUUAACCUCAUCGAAUAAUCAAAUAAUUACAUCUCGAAUUCAUGAUCAAGAAGGAAUAAGGUCAAUUGAAAAUGAAGAAAAUAAUAAUAAUACAACCUCAAAUAAACGUAGACGUAAACGUCGUGAGAUGCUUCCUGUGACAGUGAUUAUUGAAACUAAAGAAUCUCCCUAUGUGGACGAUUAUUUAUGGAAAAAUAAUGGAAAUACUACACAGAAAAAGACUGGAAACAAAAGUGUUUAUUUUAAGUGUUCCAAUAGUAAUAAAGGUUGUCCAGUUAAUAAAACCGUGACUGAGAAAGAAGGCGGUUGGACCAUCAAAUAUCGUGGUCAUCAUUUAGAAGAAUGUGGUAAAAUCAAACGGAUAGUUCAGAAUUAG